CGGCGCGGGAGCCAGGGACCCCCCAAACCCGGGCGCUGGGCCCGCGCGCGCCGAGCUGCGUGUGAACGGCGCCCCCCUGCCCGCGACGCUGCCCUGCCUGCGCGGCGCCGCUGAGCCGGGCCCGGGACUCCGCCAGCAGAGCGAGCAGGGAGGCCGGGGGGUACAUUGGGCCCAGCUGUCAGCGGGAAGCUAAGGCGGCCGGGUAGGACCCGUGCACUUCCUGCGGGCAGUGCCCUGCUCAGGGGGAAGGGGCGGAGUUAGUUUGGCCCUAGCUUUGGUCGGAUGUUUCCUGUGCCGCAGGUUCCACCAAGCGUGACAGAAAUAUAAUACAGGCAAAUAGCGAUAUCGGUUCCAAAAGUGACAUUCGAGCUGGUGACUUUGACCAGGGAACACCAUGGCCCACACUACCAUUUUUGCUGUUCCUCAGUUACUGAGAGGUACUGCUCGAAUUUUCCCCACUCUUUCUGCAUUGUUACGGUUGAAGUACUCUGCUUUGUUACACUGCACAAUGAAUGGCACAAUGAAAUCCAAAAGGAAAACAGAUCAUCUGGAGAGAACGGCAAAUAACUUUCGACAGGAGGUUAUAUCUCCAGCAAAAGUGUGUGGCAUCACCAAUGAAUCUGAAACAGUUAAAAGACUUCGCUUGGCUGUCACAAAUAAGGAUUUUACUUUUAAAGCAGGACAGUGGGUAGAUUUCUUUAUCCCUGAAGUUGCCGUAGUUGGUGGAUUCUCAAUAUGUUCCAGCCCUGGUCUACUGGAACAAGAGAGAGUAUUGGAACUGGCAGUAAAACAUACUGUACAUCCUCCUGCUCACUGGAUUCACACUCAGUGCUCCCUUGACUCAGUAGUGGCUCUGCGAGUGGGAGGCAAUUUCUUCUUUGAUCCUCAACCUGCUGACUCCCCUGUAAACCUUGUGCUGAUUGCAGGGGGAGUAGGAAUCAACCCAUUGUUUUCCAUACUGCUACAUGUAGCAGAUUUUCAUAGAAAUCAAGAGAGUGAAGAAAAUGGGUAUAAAAUGGGAACAGUGAAGCUGUACUAUAGUGCAAAAAACACAAAUGAACUCUUAUUUAAGAAUAAUAUCUUUGGUUUGAUGAACGAAUUUCCUGGAAAGAUCACAUGCAGUUUCCAUGUUACCCAACAGAGUUCACAAAUCUGUGAAGAACUUCAGCCGUAUAUCACUGAGGGAAGAAUAUCUGAAAAGGAACUAGAAAAACAUGUGUCUAAGGAUACUUUAUGGUACAUCUGUGGUCCACCUCCAAUGAUAGAAUCUAUAUCCAAACUACUAGAAAACUUUGGUGUUUCUACAGACUGCAUUUACUUUGAAAAGUGGUGGUAGCAACAGCUACUUAGCAGAAAAUAAAAACUGAAAACUAAUCUAUGUAUUUUGAUAGAUAAAAAGUGCCUGAAAUGCACAGAAGAUGGACUCUACUAUGACCUCACUGACUGCAAGAUUUCACUUUAGGCACAUGAAAUCUUCUUGUAUCUAGUAUCAAUUCUUAAAUUAUCCUAUAAUGCACUCUGAUUUGGGUCAUUAUUGUUUUAUUGCUUUUGAAAAAAAGCAUAAUGUAUUUUAUAUUAAAGACAUGAGCCAUUUGA